AAAAAAAAAAAAAAAAUUAUUCUAUGGUGGACGAAUUCGAUUUGCCUUCCGACGAUUGCUUUUGUUGGUUUUAUUUCAAAUAUUUUGAAUAUUUUUAUAUUAACAAAUUGUCAAGCAACUAAACGAUUACCAUCACGAAAUUUAUUACUUGCUUUGGCGAUAUGUGAUUGUUUAUUUUUACUAUUCGCUACUAUCGAAGUUACACCACUAAAUUUGUCCAAUUUUAUCACUUCAACAUCAAUGCUUAAUUUAUUGUAUAUACAUUCUGCUUUAUAUAUACGAACAAUUGCAUCGACAUUUUAUAAAUUUUCAAUUUUAAUCGUAAUUUCUUUCAAUAUAGAACGUUAUAUUUGCAUAUGUUAUCCGCUUUAUUCAUAUAAAUUCUACGCGAAAUAUACAAAUCGUCUAUUCUUGAUAUUAAGUUUUAUAAUAUCGUUAUUAUUUUCUUUACAAUGGCCUAUUUGUUAUAAAAUUGAAAAAUGUUGGGAUUAUUUAUUACAACAUGAGAUUUAUUAUAUUAUUAUUAGUAGGUCGAAAUAUUUGCAGUUUUAUUAUAAUAUAAUGGAUUCAUUAACAUUAUUAAUAUUCAAUUUAUUAUCGAUCAUAAUUGUUUGUAUAUUAAAUAUUCGAAUAGUGAUUACUUUAAAAAAAAUUAACAGACGGAGUAAUCAAAAUAAUUCUUUCUCUAUUUUUUUUUAUCAUCAAAAAAGAAAGGAUAUAGCUGGGAAACAAACAAAUAAUGCAAAUGCAAAUGCGAUGUUAUUCGCUGUGAUAAUAUUAUUAGUGAUAUGUGUUGGACCUCAAGCGCCGGCUCGUUUAUUAUAUAAAUAUUAUGGGCAAUAUAAUUCUAUUGCUAUCAUCUAUACAUGCAUCACUCAACAGUUAGUAUUUCUCAAUGCGUCAUUGAAUUUCUGCUUAUAUUGUCUUUUAAGUCGGAAGUAUCGUUCGAUUAUUUUGCAAUUCGCUCGAAAACUAUAUCAAAAAACCUUUAAAUAG